AUGUCUCUUCCCAAUGAAGCUCUGCAAAAGCUCCUCCAAGAACUCGAAAACCGCAUAGUCACCUCCCAACAACAGAUCGGGAUCGCCAAGGCCCAAGUGACCACAAAACAGAAGGCUAUCAGACUGUUAGACUUGACGUCCAGUGAGAUGAGCUCAUUGCCUAAGGACACGCCUGUCUACGAAGGUGUAGGGAAAAUGUUCGUGGGUGUCCCAAUGUCGACGGUUGAUAAACGCUUAGUGGCCGAAAAGGCGGAACUCAAGUCGGAUGUGUCGGGGUUGGAGAAGAAGUUGAGUUCGCUGGAGAUGACACAUAAGAACAGUAUGGAGCAUUAUGAGCGGUUUGUGAAGUCUGGUGGUAAGGCUUGA